AUGAAAGUCAACAUCAAAGAGUGGAACGCCGUCGCGACCUGGAGAUGGGAUAUGCCCGACGACGAGGUCUGCGGUAUCUGUCGCGUUCAGUUUGACGGCACUUGUCCGACCUGUAAAUUUCCAGGCGACGACUGUUCGCUGCUACUUGGCAAAUGCGGCCACUCCUUCCAUAUGCACUGCCUGAUGACUUGGAUUCAACAGGAGUCUUCGAAGGGGCUCUGUCCGAUGUGCAGACAAAAAUUUGAAUGGAAACAAAACGAGGAAUAA